AAAAAAAUAUGAAGUUGGUUCCUACCGAAAAAAAAAUGUAGUUGGUUAAUUAAAAUAUUUAUAUAUACGUAUAUGGACAUAUCUAGGCAUAGAAAUAUGUCUUAUAUAUAUAGGAUGGUAUGGUGAGUUGGUCGAGGGAGAUGAAGAUGAAGCCUGAGAUGGAGUUGGAGAAGAAGAUGAAUGGUGUUAAAGAAGAAGAAGAAGAAAAGCAGAAGAAGACCAGGGAGGAGGUUAUGGAGGAACAAGAGGAAAAGGAUGAGGAGAAGAAGAGGAAGAAGCUCGGAGGACUCAAGACAUUGCCAUUUAUACUUGCGAACGAAGUAUGCGACAGAUUUGCAACGACAGGUUUCCACGCAAAUAUGAUAACAUAUCUAACACAACAGCUGAACUUGCCGAUGGUGCAAGCCUCGAACACCCUCACUAAUUUCGGAGGAACAGCAGGCUUCACUCCGCUUAUCGGAGCUCUGAUUGCUGAUUCUUUUGCCGGACGAUAUUGGACACUCAUUGUUGGUUGCAUUAUAUAUGAACUGGGCCUGGUUAGCAUAAUGAUAUCUGCUAUGCUUCCAUCUCUUCGGCCCCCACCAUGCCCGACCCAGGUGAACUGCAAGGAGGCAUCGACCUUCCAACUGUGGGUCCUCUACAUCUCCCUCCUCCUUACGUCGCUCGGCACUGGUGGGAUCCGCCCCUGUGUUGUCACCUUUGCUGCUGACCAGUUUGACAUGUCCAAGUCCAAAGUCGCGUCCCGAAAGUGGAACUUCUUCAACUUGUACUACUUCUGCAUGGGGGCCGCUACCUUGACGGCCCUCACGAUUGUAGUGUAUGUACAGGACAAUGUGGGCUGGGGGUGGGGACUUGGGAUCCCGACCGCGGCCAUGGCCAUCUCGAUUGUGGCGUUCGUACUUGGAUCCCACCUCUAUGUGAAGCUGAAGCCAGGGGGCAGCCCCCUGACCCGAUUGGCCCAGGUGAUCGUCGCUGCUGUGAAGAAGCGGAAAACCGUGGUGCCGGCGGAUCCGGUGCUGUUGUAUGAGAAUAAGGAGCUCGAUGCAGAUUUAUGUGUGCAGGGAAAACUCUUGCAUACAGACCAGUUCAAAUGGUUCGAUAAGGCUGCCGUAGUAACGCAAAAAGAAUCAACAAGCUCUCGUCCGUUGAACUUGUGGAGGUUAGCCACGGUGCAUCGGGUCGAGGAGCUUAAAUGCAUCAUCAGGAUGCUCCCAAUCUGGGCUGCCGGGAUCCUCUUGAUCGCUUCAUCCUCCCACCAGCACAGCUUCACUAUCCUCCAAGCUCGGACAAUGGACCGCCAUAUGUCUCACUCCUUCCAGAUACCCCCGGCCUCCCUAUCCAUCUUUGGCAGCCUCAGCCUGCUGCUCGGCCUCGCUCUCUACGAGCGCCUAUUCGUGCCCUUUGCCCGACGGUUCACCAAAAACCCUGCCGGGAUCACAUGCCUCCAGAGGAUGGGCAUCGGCUUUGCCAUUAACAUCCUCGCCACGCUCGUGGCAUCCCUGGUUGAGAUCAAGCGCAAGAAGGCUGCCUCCCGGUACAACCUGCUAGACAAACCGACGACCGUGGUACCUAUCAGUGUCUUCUGGCUGGUCCCUCAGUUCUGCAUCCACGGCCUAGCGGAAGUGUUCAUGUCAGUUGGGCACCUGGAGUUUCUCUACGACCAGUCUCCGGAGAGCAUGAGGAGCACCGCCGCAGCGCUUUACUGGAUCGCGAUAUCGAGCGGGAACUACAUCGGGACCCUCAUGGUCUCCCUGGUGCACAAGUACACGGGCAAGGACAGCAAUUGGCUGCCUGAUAGGAACUUGAACAGGGGAAGAUUGGAGUACUACUACUGGCUAGUUAGUGGGAUCCAAGUCGUAAACUUGAUAUAUUACCUUAUCUGCGCUUGGUGCUAUACGUACAAACCCGUGUCCGAAAUUACGACCGAACUGGCCGAGGAUGAUGAGGUCGAGCCACUGGCCGAGGAUAGUAAAGUUAAUAAGGUUUCUCCUAUGAUCAUGUCGAACGGGACUUCGACACCUACUAACGUCGGACAUGUUGAGCUUGCAAAAGCUGAGACAGCUUGAUUAGCAUUGCCAGUGUAAUUACUCCUAAAAUAGUGAAGAUUAUCUAUUAUCUAUCGAAAAAGAAAUAAAAAUAAUAUGAUAAAAUAUGAAAUUAGAAUGUUGAAAGAUAAGAGAGCAAAAUAAGAAUAUAUUUACUAGUGAAAGAGUAAUAUUAAAUGAAUAAUGUUGUCUUUUAA